AUGGGGCCCCAAGGUGUCCAAGGGCCCAUUGGCUUAAAAGGAAAUAAGGGAGAGCUUGGGCUGCCUGGACCUCAAGGAGUUAAAGGGGAUUUGGGGCCUCUCGGUCCAGAGGGUCCUAAGGGAGAGAUUGGCCUUCGUGGUGACAGAGGCAUUCAAGGACCAAUGGGACCUCCUGGCAGACCAGGGCCUAAAGGGGAACUUGGUGUUCCAGGUCACAAAGGCAACAUUGGUUAUCGUGGUGAAAGAGGGGCUCGAGGGGAGAGAGGUGAUAAGGGUGAUAAGGGAGAUGCUUUUGUUAUCUCUCACAGCGCCUUCUCUGUGGGACUUACAGCAUUUUCUAAACUCCCUGCAGCUAACGCACCCAUCCGGUUUGACAAGAUUAUUUACAAUCUGCAGAAUCACUACGACCCACAAACCGGCAGAUUCACAUGCUCUGCAGCAGGAGCCUACUUCUUCACCUACCAUAUCACCGUCUACUCCAGAAACGUGAAAGUGGCUCUAGUAAAGAAUGGUGCAAAAAUCAUCCACACCACAGAUAACUACCAAAGCAGUGAGGAUCAAGCAGCAGGGGGCACUGUGCUGCACCUGGAUGUAGGGGACAAGGUGUGGCUGCAGGUGGCAGGAGGAGAGCUGUCCAAUGGGCUCUUUGCUGAUGAAGACGAUGACACCACCUUCUCUGGCUUCUUGAUCUUUGGGGUCUAA